AUGAACAGUCUGAAACAUAUCACUUGGUACAAUGAUCGUUUCGAUUUUAUUGUCGAAAAUAUGCACUAUGCUCCCGAGGGAAGUGGAAGAAUUAAACAUGCUCUUAUAACGCUCUCCGUCAGUUUCAUACCGAAUGUUAGCGUUGACAGACUUAUGCAUUCCAGAGUCAUCGAUAUGAUUGUUGACAAGGGCUUACCGAAUGAGGAAUUUGAUGAAUUGUCGAUCAAGUGUUUGAGCAAUAUUGUUGAACGCAUUUUAGACGCCAAAAUUGAGAAAAAGUCGAUGGAGUUCAAAAUUCGAAUUCAUAAAAUGUUUAGCCAUUUGAUGAGAUUGAGUUGGGAUCCGGAUCGUAAAAGUUUCGCCAAUUUUGCUGAGAGGCAUUCGAUUAUCGUUCGAGGCUAUGAAGAAUUUUUCAACAUCGACACAUCCAAGAAGAUGAAGGGAUUCGAUAUCGUGAAAAUGAGGGAAGAAUUGCGAAUGACUGCAUUGGCUCACGCCAAUAAAGGAAAGGAAGCCAAAGAGAAGAGAAUUGGUGAAGAAAGGAGGGCCGCUGAAAGAGAAGCUGAAAGAAAGAAGGCUGAAGAGAAGAAGCCCGAAUCAAAUCAUGCUGCUAAUAGUCCAGCUUCUACUAGUCAGCCUUCUAGAAGCCAAGCGUCUGCCGCCAGACCUGCUGAUUCAUCGUUCCAACCGCCAGUCUUCACGGGCGAUAUUCUAUCGUUUUUAAUGCAAACACGCGAUGCGAUGAUGGCCAAUUUGAACAUGAAAUCCGAAUAA